GGCCAAGCCAUGCCAAGCCGCUAAAAUGGCGUCGAAGUAAACUCAGAUUUCAAAAAAUAGCUGAUGCUCCUGCGUUUUCCUGCUAAGGACGUGCCGAUAUACAGCGUUGAACUUCAUCUGAAGGCUUAUGAUGUAAAUAUACGCCCUAAAGGCGUUGUCAAGGCAAAAUGAACCUCGAGUUAUUAGAAUCUUUCGGCCAGAAUUACCCCGAGGAAUUCGAUGGCGCACUGGACUGCAUCAGCUUGGCAGUCACGUGUGCUUUCAACAAACGCGGGACUCUCCUGGCUGUUGGUUGCAAUGACGGCCGGCUUGUUAUCUGGGACUUCCUGACCCGCGGUAUUGCCAAAAUCGUCAGUGCCCACGUGCAUCCGGUCUGCUCGUUAUGCUUCAGUCGAAAUGGCCACAAGCUUCUCAGCGCAUCAACGGACAACAGUGUGUGCAUUUGGGAUGUCUUGAGUGGUGAAUGUGACCAAAAGUAUAGGUUCCCAUCUCCGAUAUUAAAAGUCCAGUUUCAUCCCAGGAAUGACAAAGCAUUCCUUGUGUGCCCAAUUAAGCAUGCUGCCGUUCUGGUCAACGUCGAUGGAGCACAUUCCACAAUUCCCCUCGACGAUGAGUCAGACCUGAACAUUGUUGCUUCAUUUGAUAGAAGAGGAGGCCAUAUCUACACAGGGAAUGCAAAGGGAAAGAUACUCGUUGUGUCAGUCCCAGAUCUUGAAGUGAAGGCAUCAUUUCGAGUCACCACUGGAACGUCAAACACUACAGCGAUCAAGUCGAUCGAAUUUGCUAGACGGGGCGACUGCUUCUUGGUUAACACGGCUGACCGGAUAAUACGAGUCUACAGCGCAAGUGAAGUGAUGUCUUUUGGCCGAGAUGGGGAGCCAGAUCCACUGCAGAAGUUGCAGGACUUGGUGAACAAAACCAUGUGGAAGAAGUGCUGCUUUUCGGGCGACGGGGAAUACAUUUGUGCUGGCUCUGCCAGGCAGCAUGCACUGUAUAUCUGGGAGAAGAGCAUCGGCAACUUGGUCAAGAUCCUGCAUGGUACUAAGGGUGAACUGCUGCUUGACGUUGUGUGGCACCCAGUACGUCCCAUCAUAGCAUCCAUAUCUAGUGGAGUGGUGUCUAUUUGGGCCCAGCCACAAGUGGAAAACUGGAGUGCAUUUGCCCCCGACUUCAAAGAACUGGAUGAGAAUGUGGAGUACGAAGAGCGCGAGAGUGAGUUUGAUCUGGAAGAUGAAGAUGCAAGCCCUCCACAGCACACCGAGAAAGAAGAAGAGGAUGGAGAAGUGGAUGUUGAGACAGUUGAGCCCAUAGUUGCAUUUUGCAGCAGCGAUGAGGAAGGUGAAGACCCACGCGCGCUGCUGUACCUGCCCAUAUCUCCUGAAAUCGACGAGCCAGAGGAGGGCUGGGGCCAGCCACCAGAGCCUGCCGCUGAAGAGGUUGGCACAAAACGACCCAGUUCCCAGGCGGACUCUCCCAAGAAGAAGAAGCCCAAGACCUACGACAUAGAGCUGAAAGACGCUCCUAUUGGGGGUGGAGGAGCCUUGUUUUCAAGCAAGCACGAGGAACUUGGGUUAGAGGCAGACCUGUUCAGCCUGUUGUUCAAUACAAAACUUUGUCUAAGCACCGACUGCAGACUUGGGCUCACUUCAAGACUUGACAUUGAAAAACCACCUGUUUGAUGCAAGUCCAGCAUGCUGCUGCUUACUAGUAAAACUAUUAAAGCAGUUGUUGACUCACUGUGGCGUUUUUAACUCUAAAAUUAUGUUCUUACAGUUGUGCAUAAAAUUCCUCCAUGUUCUGCAUGGAUUUAAGAAUGGGCGAAGCAGAAGUGGUGACAUACAUGAAAAAAAAAAAAAGAACACAAGGAAAAAAAACGAAAAUUUGGUUUAAAAUGUUUGUUUGCAUCAACCAUGUUUGUAAGACAGAGACUACCCUUACUGUAGAGAGAAACAGAAACUGUUCUUUGCUAUUUGCUCAAUUAGUAAAAGGAAUCUAAACAGGUUGGACUGUUCUGGAAAUCAUUGUGGAAUGGUGUCCAGAAAAA